AUGGCACCCUCUGCCUCAAGUUUCCAGCCCUUCAAAGAGAGCAGUGUCUUCGAGCAUCUCCCUGGCCACCCGCUCCCUCCCACAACAUACGCCGAGGGCGGGUCAGGCUUACCACAGACAGUGGAAUACUUUCUGGAAGCGCGCAUGACCAACACAUCGCACAGCUUCUUUUAUUUGAGCGACAAGAAGAAAGUGCGACACUCGCUGGCCUUCAGCCCACCUUGCACCGACCUCUCCUGGGUCUCCCCGCCGCUCGAGCAGAACAUCGUCACCCUGACCCGCCACUCCCGCUGGCUGUACGACGACUCGCCCGACGAGUACCAUGGCUUCGGCUCCCGCAUGCGCGACCUUAUCAGCUGCCCCUCGGACCCUACCGCCACCUUCACUGUCACCACCACCGUUCCGACCAUCGCCCGCGCCGGCUAUCCACUUCCCGUCACCGUCAGACUCGCUCACAUUGACCGCACCGACAACCUCCCUGGCCCCCCGCCGGUGCGCCUGCGCGCCUUCCGCGUUACACUCAAGGCAACGACAGACUUUCGUGUGCAUAAGGCGCAGCUGAACAGCAAGGCCUACAAAUCUAUUGAGUUAAUGCACCAAAGGUACGACACUGAUACCAUGAUGCUGCCGCCGCCGCUGCCACCCGAUGGCAGCGAGUUGGCGCUGACCGAACUUUGUCUCCGUGAAAGGACGGGGCCAGCGAAUGGCGUGCCGCCGACUUUCAAAACAUACGGUCUGGCGAGGUCGUACACUGUCAAGGUCGUGCUAUGGAUCGAGUGCGCGAGUAAGACUUGGGAGGUAGAGGCAGCUAGAUUUCCAAUCGAGAUGCGGCCGUGGCUGGGCAUAGAGGUGCCGCAGAUGAAUGGACAGGGGACGGAAGACCCGCCACCACCGUAUGAGGAGGUAGCACCGCCGUAUGGAUUGUAA